AUGGCAACCCUUAAUGACACUGAACCAACUAAUGACAGCUGUGUUUUAAACGAGAACUUCAAGUACAUUCUCCUCCCAGUCAGCUACAGUCUUGUAUUUUUGUUUGGCCUGGUGCUGAACAUCAUUGCCAUGUAUUUCAUCAUAUUCCAAACCAAACACUGGAAGCCCAGCACCAUCUACAUGAUCAACCUCAACAUUUGUGACACCCUUUACAUCCUUACCCUUCCAUUCCUCAUCUACUACUACGCUGACGAGAACGACUGGCCGUUCAGCGAGCCGAUGUGCAAGCUGAUUCGCUUUCUCUUUUACACAAACCUUUACGGAAGCAUCCUCUUCCUUAGCUGCAUCAGUCUGCACCGAUUCUUGGGCAUCUGCCACCCGGUGCGCUCUUUGAACUGGAUGGAUGCCUGUGGUGCUCGUUUGAUCUCCGUGGGAAUAUGGGUGAUCGUGCUGUUCUUCCAGGCACCAAUACUCUACUUCUCCAGGACAAAAAAUAACAGGGAUAUACAGGUGUGCCAUGACACAACCAUCCCAGAGCUCUACAGCUAUUACUUCAUCUACAGCUUGGUAGUCAUGUUCCUGCUCUUCGUCCUACCUUUUGGGGUGGUGCUGGUCUGCAGUGUAUUGAUGGUGCAGAAGCUUCGGGAACUCAGCGUUGUUGGAAGUUCCAUGUCAAAGCGCUCCAAGCAGAAGUCGGUGAAGAUGAUCAUAAUUGUGCUUAUGGCUUUCAUGAUAUGCUUUCUGCCCUUCCACCUGAACCGCAGUAUCUUCUAUGUCUUCCGAUUCCUGGACAUGCAGAACUGCUUGAUACAGUACUCUAAUGUGGCCUACAAUCUCACACGUCCUCUGGCCAGCUUCAACAGCUGCAUCGAUCCAGUUCUCUACUUCAUGGUGGGACAGAGUUUCAGAAGCAGAAGAAGUUCAAAUCAAGCCAAAAGUGUGUCCACCACCGUGGGUUGCGCGAAUGGCUUGGAUGCGCAGUGCUCCUCUGUUGACUAG